CUGUCCCCAUUCUGGGUGCAAUACCCACUUUGCGGGUGAUCAGGAGGAUUUUCAGCUCCUGUUUCGCCUUUCGGUCAAGUUCUACAGCGCCAAUCAAUGGGUACAUGACGUCUGGCGUAGCCGACGGCCCCGACCAUGGCAUUGGUGUCUGGGAAUCCCUGGUCUUGGUGGAUCCAGGCUUAUCAUUGACUCGUUAACAGCUUCUAGGCCCGGCGAAGUGGCGUGGUUCAUCGGUACCGGACCAGCCUUCAGGACAGGGAGGCACUGAGAUUCAAAUACUAGUUCAAACCUCCGUAUACCCGUUUUCGGGUGUUCCAAUCGUCUCAUUUCAACCUCUCCCACUCUUCCCACUCCUCUCCACGUGCCUUUCACUCGUUCAGAGCCCGCUGCAGCCAUCUGCCAGCUGCCAGCCGACGACCUCGAGAUGGUGUCAACCCUCUCAGCGGCUCUCGCCCUCAUAUCCGCCGCCCGGUGGGCCUCGGCUGCGUCGGUCGCUGGACGACAGGCCACGGGCGAUGCCGAAUGCCAGGACGUCCACAUCUUUCUCGCCCGCGGGAACAACGAACCGUAUCCCGGCCGCCAGGGGAAGCUUGUUACCGCCAUCUGCGACGGCCUCGACAGCUGCGACUACGAAGACAUCCAGUUCUACAACCCGUUGCCGGCGCCCUACUGCCAGUCCAUCAUAGAUGGUGUCGCGAACGGGACCGCGCAGAUCACGGCAUACAACAAGCGGUGUCCGGACGCAGCGCUCGUCAUCAGCGGAUACUCCCAGGGCGCCCAUGUUGUCGGCGACGUGCUGGGCGGCGGAGGCGGCACUUUCUUCCAGGGCUGCCAGCAGAAGCCGACUCCGGGCAUGGACGCAACGAAGGCGCCCGGAAACAAGAUCGCUGCUGUGCUUCUCUUCGGCGACACAAGGCAUACUGCCAACCAGCCAUACAACAUCCUAGCGGGUGCCCCAGACAACGGGCUGUUCCCCCGUCCGGCGAAUCAGCUCGCCGGCCUGAUGGCCUUCUCAAAGGUGGCACGUUCGUACUGCGCCGACUCGGACCCGAUCUGCGCCGGCGGCAACACCGUGGCCAACCACCUCAACUACUUUGACAUCUACUCCGGCGACGCUGGGAAGUGGGUGCAGGAGAUGGUCGGAAAGCCCGACACGACGACGUCUGCUGCGGGGACAAGCGCAUCGCCCACACCGUCCGUGACCCCCAGCGCACCAGCGAUCCCGUCCGUCAGCGCAAACCCCUCGGGCGCGCUGUCUCUGGCCUCGCCGACUCCCGUAGAGCCGGCACCGGUAUCUCCAACGGCCGAAAAGGCCGGCUCCUCUUCGACCACCGCGGCAAGUGCGGCAACGGCCAUGGCCUGCAAUUCGGUUCUCCUGGGGAUUGCUGGACUGGCUGCCCUGGUUGUUUCCGGGAUGGUUUAACGUAAACAUGAUCAAGAAGAAAAGAUCAUUCGCAGCGAACACGACAGGAUCACUCAUGGCUUAAAGACCAGCCCAUAAUUGUAAUGGUGUACAUGGUGGAGCGCUUGAUAUCUUUUUUAAACAUA